AUGGUGGAAGCAAAACUAUGCGAAAGGCGUAGCAAAACCUGGACAGGAUGGUGUGCAAAAACGAGCCACUGUAACAAACAAUGCAAGGAUUGGGAGCGUGUAGAGCAUGGUGCUUGCCAUGGAGAGUUUCUAGAGAAGCCUGUUUCUGCUAUUUCGAAUGCUCAUUGUAAAAUCAGUUUCUGA